AUGCGUGUCUCACAAACCUCUGGAUCGUGUUUCAUCCUGUCACUUUCCUAUCUCACUUUUGUUUUUGCCCAAGAUGUCAGAUCCGUUUAUCCUACCCGCUUCGCCAACGUGUCCUGGAAUAACGCAGACUGGCAGCUCGAGACCACCAAUUUGGAUCAAGGUCACUACCAGGAUCGCAUCGCUUUAGCAAAUGGGUACAUUGGCUCCACCGUAGCUGCGUUAGGCCCUUUCUUCGAGGUUGACAUACCAGUGGAUGGGGACAACAUUGGAGGCUGGCCACUCUUUUCGCGAAGACAGACAUUUGCCACCAUCGGAGGAUUUUGGAACUCGCAAGAGCGAACCAACGGCACCAACUUUGAAUGGCUGUAUCAAUAUGGCGGAGAGAGCGUCAUCAGUGGCAUACCACAUUGGGCAGGAAUCGUUCUUGAUCUUGGUGAUGAUACCUACCUUGAUGCAUCUACCAGCAUCAGUACUAUUUCAGGCUUCUCAUCCAUGAUGGACUACAAACAAGGCAUUAUGAAUUGGGCAUUCACUUGGAACCAUAGUGAAGAUGUUUCAUUCGACAUCUCCUUUCAAAUGAUCAUUCACAAACUCUAUGUCAAUCAAGCAAUGGUACAAAUGCAAGUCACAUCAUCAACCAACUCAAACGCCACUGUCGUGAAUGUUUUGAAUGGAGACUGCGCAGUAAGAACCGAAUUCGCCGAGAAAGGCAAGACCGAGAACAUGGUAUACUCGGCAGUACACCCAAGCGGCCUCAAUAAUGUUACAGGUUAUGUUUACGCUGGCAUGACACUUGGAGGGGCAGAAUCCUCUGUUUCUGCUUGGGACGUCAUGAGCAGACCAUAUAUUGGCAAUAACGAAUCGUCCAUUGCUCAGGCGUUUGACGUGGCCUUGGUUGCCGGCCAAACAGCGACAUUCACCAAAUUCGUCGGUAUCGCCUCGACAGAUGCUUUUGAGGAUGCAAACUCCACAGCUGUGGAAGCCGCAAUGUCUGCAAUGGAGGCUGGAUUUGAUGCUGUGUUGCAGAGUCAUGUCGACGAAUGGGCAGCCAUUUUCCGUGAAGAUUCUGUGGACAGCUACAACCUUGACGAUGGCUCUCUGCCAGACGACGAGUACAUUAUCGAGUCAGCAAUCGUAGCGGUCGUCAACCCCUUUUACAUACUUCAGAAUACGGUAGGGGUCAAUGCCUUGGCAGCUAUCAACAACAACACGUUGGUAAACCAGCACAGUAUUGCCGUUGGUGGUCUUGCCUCAGAUGCAUAUGCUGGAUGGAUCUUUUGGGAUGCAGAAAUAUGGAUGCAACCAGGUCUUGUCGCUGCAUUUCCGCAAGCAGCUAAAGGUAUCGCGGAAUAUCGAGUCUAUACAUAUUCACAAGCGCUGGAUAAUCCAUCGACGGCGUAUCAAUCAUCCAAGAACGACACAACAUUCUCUGACAACGCUGCAGCAUAUCCAUGGAUUAGCGGCAGAUAUGGCAAUUGCACAGCAGCUGGACCAUGUUUCGACUACGAAUACCAUCUCAAUGGUGAUAUUGCAUUGGAGUUCGAGAAUUACUGGGUUGUUACUGGGGAUACAGAAUUUUUUCAGCAAGAACUAUUUCCAAUCUAUGACUCAAUGGCUACCUUCUUGUCGGAAGUUCUGGAGGAGAAUGCAGAUGGUCGGUACGAGUUGAAGAAUAUGACCGAUCCAGAUGAAUUCGCAAACGGUGUCGAUAACGGUGGGUUCACCAUGCCACUUAUAGCAGACACUCUAACGACGGCAAACAUGUUCCGCUCCAAAUUCGGGAUCGAACCGAACGUCACCUGGAACGAGCAAGCUGAGAACGUCCUCAUCGACCGUAACGAGAAUGCAGGAAUUAUCCUUGAAUACACCGGCAUGAAUGGCUCUAUCAACGUCAAACAAGCCGAUGUCGUCCUAGUAACCUAUCCACUAAGCUACAAAGGAAUGAACUACACUCAGGAGAACAGUCUGGACGACCUCGACUACUACGCUGCGAAACAAUCCCAAGACGGCCCCGGCAUGACUUAUGCCAUUUUCGCCAUUGUCGCUAGUGAAGUUUCCCCGUCCGGCUGCUCCGCCUACACCUACCAACAAUACUCUGAGAGACCCUACGUUCGAGCCCCCUGGUUCCAGUUCUCCGAACAACUCCUUGACAACUUCGAAAUCAACGGCGGUUUCCACCCCGCUUUCCCUUUCCUGACCGGCCAUGGCGGUGCCAAUCAAGUUGUCCUCUUCGGCUAUCUCGGGCUCCGCCUCAUCCCAGAUGGCUACCUGCACAUUGAUCCUACCUUACCCCCACAAAUCCCCCAGAUCCGCUAUCGCACCUUCUACUGGCAAGGUUGGCCGAUUGAAGCACACAGCAAUCACACAGGCACAACCCUGACCCGCCUAUCAACCCCGCUAGAAACCGCAAACGCCACCUUCGCUGAUUCACCCAUUCCCGUCAUCAUCGGCUCAGACAACAACGCUACCUCGCCCAUGCUCUCCCUACCCCCGAACGGUUCGAUAUCAAUCCCCAACCGACAGCCAGCAGAUAUCAAAACCAUUCCUGGAAACCUUGCCCAAUGUCAACCCGCCAAAUCGCCAUCAGCGCUGUUGACGGCGCAGCGAGCACGACCUGGCAGCCCGCUAGUGCUGACGUUGAGGCUUCCGUGUACUGUCGAAUUACCCGUCGGAGGGGAGGGCAGCCGAGUGACAUCUUUCUACUUCGACUGGGCGCAGUACCCGCCUGUCUCAUACCGCAUUGAGUUCCACAACGGGAGUGGAAGUGACACUAAUCCACAGUUUUAUGACCCUACCACCGCAAUCGUCGUCGCGUCGCAAGAUCCAGUCGAGGUCGCCAUCCCAUUUGAUGUCGAGAGCGUGGCGGAUGUGGUGCCGUACAGCUCCAAUACCACGCUCGUGACGUUGAAUGAGGCGGUGCUUAUUGGUGGGACUGAUGGGGCGAGGUAUGCGACUCUGUAUAUAAGGGGUAAUCAGGGGAUUUUGGGUGAGGACAAAUUCGACAGUAGUGAGCCUGGCGGGGAGGUGGCGGAAUGGGGGAUCAUUGUUGACGAUGGGAGCAAUAAUGGGCAGGAUUUGAGCGGACCGGUUUUUAAUAAGGGAGGUCGGGGGAGGAGCAAUGUGAUGGUGAGGAGGGAUACGGGGCAGGUCUUGGAUGAGAGGUCCGCGAAAGCCGUGAUGGUAGGCGAUGAGGCGAGAGAUGCUGUAUUGGCGAAAUACGGGCAGUAUAUGAGGAGAUCUGCUAACAGGGAGAGGAGGUCGAGAUGA